GCUCAAGAGGCAUCUUGACGUGCUGCUGCUCCCUGCUGCAAAAGCAGAAAGACAACUUAAAGAUCAAAUUCUACUUAGAGUGUCAUUCAUACUUCUUGUAGUCAAGAAGGCACUGCCACUGUAUGAAUUACAUGACUCGAGAACAUUUUCCACUGUAUGAAUUACAUUUUCAUUUCAUUUGAAGCGGUUCCUCUUGCUUUCCUACAUAAGAUGAAAACCAAACGUGCUUUUUUACUUUUUAUCCUUUUGUCGUACUCCUAACUUCUUUCAGCGACGAAUUGAGCAACACAUUUUUACUAUGUAAAACCUCUCCACGGCCUGACAAAAAUUUCAAACACGACUGGACAUUAGUUCUAUCUUUAUCUACGCACGCCAGUCUCUUCCUUGUUCCAAUAGUGAUCGCGAUUCUUAUUGUUCUACUGGCGACAGACCACUUUAUCUUUAUUUCACUUCAGCGACCUUCCUAGUGGUAAGUACCCCAAAAUGAGUUACGACCGCGCGAUCACCGUUUUUUCCCCGGACGGGCAACUUUUGCAGGUGGAAUAUGCGAACGAAGCCGUGAAAAGAGGUUCCUGCACGAUCGGGGUCCGGGGAAAAGACUGCGUUAUCCUUGCGGUCGAGAAUAUGGAUUGCAAAAAUGUCUGGGUCUGGAAACUUGUGAUGCUGAGUGGCGUAUCAUGAAGAGGCCACAAGUGCUGGCUCAGCAUGACAAGCUUUCGAGCUUCUAUGUGUUGCCUAUUCUGCAUGACAAACUGCGGCGACGGUCUCGACAAACUGUUGCCUAUUCUUGCAUAGCUGCUUGCGGCGACGGUGCAAAGGUUUUUGAUGUGGUGCAGUCGGGUAUGCAUGACAAACUGCGUUUCUCCAUGACAGCAAAGUGGGGCUCUUGGGUAACGUGCAUGACAGAUUUAAGAGUCAUGCCAGACGAGCAUGAAAAACAUGCACUCUUCCAGACCCAUACAUUUUUGCAUUUGAUAGAGAAGAAGGCUGUGCCAUUGCUGCAGGACCCCAGAACAGUUAGAAAAAUACUCGACCUGGACGGGAAAAUCUGCCUGGCUUUUGCAGGUAGGAACAAAUCGGUUUUAUUUUGGCGAAGGAUAAUUGUUUCUAGACUUCUGGUUCUGUAAGACGUUCUUACAGCAGCAUCAUGUGGUACAACAUGCGAGUAUUAAAAAUCUCAUUCUCAUCAGCAUGAUCUACUUUUAUUUGAAGCAAAAAAAAAUAUUAGGUCUCAACGCCGAUGCCCGUGUCUUGGUGAACCGAACUAGGGUAGAGCUGCAAAGCUACCGACUGAACUACGAAGACGCACCAACAGUGGAAUACGUGGCAAGAUACCUAGCGGCGACACAACAAAAGUAUUGAUGUUUUGCAAGGAAGAUUUGGACACCGUUUGUUCCACAUGCAUCCUCAUGCUUCUUCCUUGAUACUGUCAUAAUCACGAUGGAGCACUGCGUUUUCCACCACGUAGGCAGGCAUACGUGUAGCAGAAAUGAUACCGUAGACAGAAUUCAUGAAUUAAGGUCUUUUAUUUCCAGACACGAGCGGAUGGUGGAUUUUUUCAUGCCAGAAGGCCUCCUUUUGCAAAAUAUGCCGCGUUCGAGAAGUUUUUGUAGCCUUCACGCGAAGACGACCAAUUUGGCACUGACCAUCAUCAAUUUUCAGUCGCGUUUCUGUAUACGAGAAAGGAGGUCAGAGGCUUAGUAGAAUCAGUACUGCGCACGACCACAAUUUACGAAACAUUAACUUGUUCCCAGAUACACACACCGUGGCGGCGCCCGGCCGUUUGGCAUUGGAACCUUGGUAGCAGGCUUUAACCGUGACCACGAGCCAGAACUCUACCAAACGGACCCAAACGGUAUAGAGAUAAAAGCUUGUGAUACCGAUAAUAUUGGAAGAAGUCAGUACAACUUACUUACACUGGAGAUAUUUGUAAAUUCUUGUGAGGCAUGACCAUGAUGCGUAUCUAGUAUGGAGGUCGUAUUCAAUCGAUUUUGUUGUAAUGUUCUUGCGAUGAUGAAGCUGUAUCUGAAACCAAACCUAGGCACUUACACGGGCUGGAAGGCAACCGCCAUCGGACAGAAUUUCAAGACGCCUCUGGAUCUGUUGGAAAAAAAGUGGGAGGAGGGGAUGACAGAAUUAGCGACCAAGAAGCUCGCCAUCAAGGCGUUACUGGAGAUCUGCGAGGCAAAUGUGCAGAACAUGGAAAUCAUGAUUAUCCGACCGAACGGAGGGGAAUUCAUGACAGGUAUAUAUGAUGAGUUCAUCUUCUAUAAAUUAGCGGUCUUUGACUCUGCGCGGUCUGCAUGACAGAUAGAAUGAUACUGCAGUUUCUGCAUGACUGAUUUCCUGGCCGACAAGUCGACCACAUUUUUACGUAAGUAAUUUGAGAAAAGAAACUUUCACAGACGCCGAACUGGAGCCACUUUUGAAGGAGUUGGACGACAUAUGACAGUGCACAACUUCCCCUUCCCCUCAUUUGUCAUGCAAAAUCCCAAAUCCAGUUGCUGCCUUGUAUCACUAUUAUGCAUGACAGAUUCCGGAAGCCCAGCAAACAGUACUGCACUAGGUACACAAAUUUGUCAUGCCGAGCCUCCACGGGUGCUGGUGUAGUUUGUAUUGCUGUUCAUGCUAUACAAAUGAGGGGGAGGGGGAGCUGUGCACUCUCAUACGACACAGAAGAGAGGAGGAAGAAACUGUUGGCGGACAAGUAGAUCAUUCGCCUACAGCAACUUCCAGGUCGAAGCGAAGAGCUUUUCAACAAGGGGUUGCUGUAGCAGGAGUCAUUUCACUACCUCCUCCUUGCGACCAAAACACACUAGCGUCGACACUGCGAUUGCGAUGAUAAAGGGGAAAAGGAAUAUACCUCCACGUCGACCUCUUCGCUUCUUUUUCGAGUCAACUUUUUGAAAUCUGAACAAGCGUCGAUACAUGACAAAACAAGCGACUAGAGUUGAUGAAAACGCAUCGAUGACACCAACAAGAGUUUUUCAAGUAGUCAAAAUAAAACAUAGCGCAGGACGAC